UUUCAGAAAUAGAAAUAAUCCAUGAUUUGACAGACGUUAAAGCAAUUACUUUAAUUAGAGAGCCAGAAAUUAUGAAGAUUUUAGGCGAUCAUUUGGAUUUUGAAUAGAUCCUGGGUCCUGAGCUAUGGUUGAAGACGGAUAUGGAGAAAUUGGACGCAAAUCUGCACACUUCCAGACAACCAGACUAGUCUGUGAUAUCGACUACCAGUUCAACAGGAUGCAGGCUGACGGGUUUACUAACUUCUCGAUGGUUCGAGGGGAGGGAGGGGGGAGAGGAGACUCAGAUUCAGAAAACAGUAUAAAGCUGAAUGACAG